AUGUUCUUUGUUCCUCACCCGCCCUCUCUCCCCUAUGAUUAUGUUCUUUGUUCCUCACCCGCCCUCUCUCCCCACUGCCACGGCGCCCCACCAGUGAUGGAGCAGCUGCUGCGGCUCGUGAACUCUUUGACUUCCCCACUCUCUUCGCCCCCCCUCUCUCCCCACUUCCCAUCUCUCCCCACCUCUUCCCACCGCGCCCCACCAGGUGAUGGAGCAGCUGUGAUGGAGCAGCUGUUCGGGCUGGUGAACUCGCUGCUGCAAGCCCACGAGGGGGCCACCAGGCGCCACCUCGCCAUCCGCACCUACAAGGUGGUACCAUUCACUCCCAGUGCAGGACUGCUCGAGUGGGUGGAUGGCACCCUGCCGCUUGGGGAGUACCUUCUAGGAAGAUGCCUUGCAGCGCACAUCGCUCCGUAUCAACCCUACAACCGCCUUCUGCUUUUCACCCUCUGUCCGCCUCCCCUACUCCCUCCCGCCUUUCCCCAACACCACCUGCUGACCCUUCUUCCCCACACUCUCUGCCCCAUGGCCCGCUCGCAUUUCCUCUCCUCUCAUCGGCCCCAUCCUCUCAUCGGCCCCAUCCUCUCUCCCCACCCCACCCACGCGGCCAGUACUCGCAAGGGGGGGGCGCACGCACGCUACGGGGGCUCUGAUUGGCCAUUCAUGACGUGCCGUGAAGUGAUGGCGCGGGAAAGUGACAAGCGGCAAGCCUUCGACAAGGUUCUUCAGAACUUCCACCCUGUGAUGCGCCAUUUCUUCCUGGAGCGCUUCCUGCUGCCUGCCAACUGGUUCGACCGGCGCCUCACAUACACUCGCAGCGUGGCUGCAACCUCCAUGGUGGGGUAUGCGGAGGGGCUGGGGGACUGGCACGCGAUGAACAUUCUGCAGCACCUCACCCCGGUGGGGUACGUGGUGGGGCUGGGGGACCGGCAUGCGAUGAACAUUCUGGUGGACGAGCGGUCAGCAGAGGUGGUGCACAUCGACCUGGGGAUUGCGUUCGAGCAGGGGCUCAUGCUCAAGACGCCUGAGAAGUCACCAGAGGUGGUGCACAAUGCGCAUCGACCUCUGCCUCCGUUCAGGAAGGGCCUCAUGCUCAAGUCGCCCGAUAAUGAUAGCUGGGCGCCGUUCGUCAUGUGCCGUGCGUUCUACGAGGCCGAGGAGGGGUGCAGCGAGCAGGAGGAGCUCACAGUGGUGGCCACAGACUGCGAGGACGGCACUGAGGUGCCCUUCCGCCUCACGCGGGACAUCAUAGACGGCAUGGGCGUGAGCGGCGUGGAGGGGGUGUUUCGGCGCUGCUGUGAGACGGUGCUGGCGGUGAUGAGGGAGAACAAGGAGGCACUGCUGACAAUCAUCGAGGUGUUCAUCUAUGAUCCUCUUUACAAGUGGGCCCUCUCUCCGCUUAAGGCGCUGCAUCGACAGAAGAUGGAGGAGAGUGAGGAGGCGAUGGAGGAGGAGGGGACGGAGGAGGAGAGCGGGGCAGCGAUGGAGGGCAACGAGGAGGCCACGAGGGCACUGCUGCGAGUCAAGCAAAAGCUCGACGGCUUUGAGGACGGCGAGAUGCGCAGCCUGGCUGGGCAGGUGCAGCAGCUGAUCAAGGACGCACAGGACCCCGACCGCCUUGCCGUCAUGUUUCCAGGAUGGGGAGCUUGGCUGUAG